UUGAAAUGCGCGGAGAUUUCCUCAACUUCCGUAAUUUCAGUCACAAUUUCUUCGGUUGAAUUGAUAUUGGUCUGGAAUAAUUAGAUUUUUCGGGGGGUUUAGCCCGGAGGAGUCGAGAAUUUUAAUAUUUUACCUGGAAUUCAGACAUUUUUGGGGCUCCGCAUGGCUUCUCCGUCGUUACCACAAUAUUUUUGUUUAGGACUGCCAGAGUUUGUUUUUCCACUCGAUAUGGGGCUGUGGAAGUAAUCAAUAAAUGUCCUGUGCCUGGAGUAAUUAAUUAUACAUGCCUUUCCCGCUAUGUAUACCAAAUUUUGUGGCGGAUAAGCACGAAUGAGGGAGAAAGGAUUUUGAGGGAUUAUUGAAUCGGUGGUUUUUUCGGUUUUGGGCGAUUUCGGAAUGUCAAAGUUUGGGCGGUGGUGUAACCUCAGAGAGCUGUCAAGUAAUUGGGAUUUUUCGAGGAUUUUUCGACGCUUGGGGAUUCAUUGAAACAGCUGACAAGAUUGAGGGAUGGAUUGAAUAUCUGAAAAUGGACGGGAAUAUUGGGGAGAAUAUUUUAAUCGCUGGAAAUCUCGUACCUAAGACGCCUCCAUUGGCUUAUUAUAUUCCUAAUUUCAUAACUGAUGAGGAAGAAGCUGAAAUUGUGAAGUAUGUUAACAAUGCGCCCCAGCCGAAAUGGACCCAGUUGAGUCACAGAAGACUGCAGAAUUGGGGAGGUAUUCCUCACCCUAAAGGAAUGAUCGCUGAACAAAUACCAAGUUGGUUGCAAAAGUACAUCGAUAAAGUCACUUCUCUGGAUGUUUUUGAUAGAAAAACAUUGCCAAAUCAUGUUUUGAUCAACGAGUAUUCGCCAGGGCAGGGGAUAAUGGGACAUUCCGAUGGCCCUCUCUUCCAUCCCAUCGUCACGACCAUCAGCUGUGGAUCCCAUACUUUUCUUGAAUUCACCAAACGUCUAGAUACGAACGAAGAAGCCAGGACAAUGACCACUGAAUUCGCAUUUUUGCUGGAGCGAAAGAGCCUCCUGAUCCUUCAGGAAGAACUGUACCACAAUUACCUACACUCAAUAUCGGAACGCAAAGUUGAUGUUGUAUCAGUCGACAAUAUCCGCAAUUUGGAGUUGUGCGCAUCGAAGUACAUAGAUGGUGAAAUAUUAGAGAGAACAACGAGAUUGUCAUUGACCAUUCGUCAUGUGCCAAAGACCAGCAAACUCAAGCUCAAAUUUUGAUGAGUUAAUUAUCUAAUGUUCUAGAUUUUAUACUUUAAAAAUACACGACAACUCACCUCUGUUA